GCUGCGAGCCAACACACACCCACUGAAAGUCGCCCCCGAGUGCGUCAACACCAGAGCACUUUCGAUGGGCUUGUUACUCUGAUGUUUAGCGCUGAUAAUUAAUAGAGAAGCACCAGCCGCAUGGCCCGAUCACUCUUCAACAAGUAGGCUACCAACUCUGAGGAGCGAUUCGAGCGGAAAUCGUCUGAUUACUUCUUGUGCAUUCCUAUCUGUUGCCGCCACCUCUGAUGUAAGGCUGCUCAUCCCUCUGCUCAAUCCACAACUCUUCCCACUGCAGCCUCUCCUCUUUCAGCAUGGGACUCUGCGAACUCUGAAGAUUCCAACCAGACUGUGGGAGGCGAGGUAUACUCAUAGAAGGAGGGAACCAUGGAGUGUCCAUUAUCAGAGCAGUCUGCCACGGUGGACGAGCUGUUGGAGGCAUGCAUCCAAGCCUUCGAUGAGAAAGGUGUUUUGAAGGAUGCUUCCUUGGUCCGCAUGUUCCUCAUGAUGCAUCCCUGGUACAUCCCUUCCACUGACAUGGCCAACAAGCUAGUGCUCAAAUCCCAGGAGGAGACUUGUACUGAGGAGCGACGAACAAGAAUAUGUCACCUUGUAAAGUACUGGAUUUCUGAGUUUCCUGCUGAGUUCAAUCUAAAUCCAGAGCUGGAGGAGCAGAUCAAACACUUUAAAGACCUCCUGUCCACCGAAGGCAAUGAGAGGCAGAGUCAGCUCAUCGACCUGGACAGUGUGCCGUCAUAUAAAUGGAAACGGCAGGUGACUCAGCGUGUUCCAUCUGUGUCUAAGAAGAGGAAAAUGUCCCUGCUGUUCGACCACCUUGAUUCAUCUGAACUGGCAGAGCACCUGACCUUCCUGGAGUACAAAUCCUUCUGCAAGAUUCUGUUUCAGGACUACCACAGCUUCGUGAUGCACGGCUGCACGGUGGACAACCCCAUUCUGGAGCGCUUCAUCACGCUCUUUAAUAGUGUCUCCCAGUGGAUCCAGCUUAUGGUACUCAGCAAGCCCACCGCCCCGCAGAGAGCAGCUGUCGUUUCCCAUUUCAUCAGAGUGGCACAGAAGCUGCUUCAGUUGCAGAACUUCAACACCCUGAUGGCGGUGGUGGGCGGCCUCAGCAACAGCUCCAUCUCCCGUCUUAAAGAAACUCAGAGUCACAUCAGUGCAGAGACCAACAAGGUUUUUAACAGCCUCAUUGAACUGGUGACGUCAUGUGGAAAUUACAGCCAGUACCGGAAGCGCUUCUCUGAGUGCUCAGGCUUCCGAUUCCCCAUCCUCGGCGUGCACCUGAAAGACCUGAUAGCCGUGCACGUGGCGCUGCCGGACUGGGUCGACAAGGAGAAGACACGGGUGAACCUGGCCAAAACCCAGCAGCUCUAUGCCAUCCUUCAAGAGCUGGCACUGAUCCAGACCACGCCGCCAAGCAUCGACUCCAACACUGACCUGCUCAACCUGCUCACUGUAUCUCUGGAUCAAUACCACACUGAGGAAGAGAUCUACCAGAUGUCUCUACAGAGAGAACCUCGCAAGCCAGUUCAGAACUCCAGUCCUGCUUCUGCGCCUGAACCCAAAUCCACCAUGAUUGAUGAGUGGGCUGUGUCGGUAAAGCCCAAUGCUGACCCGACGAUCAUUAAGAAUCACAUCGAAAAGAUGGUGGAGAGUGUCUUCAAGAAUUUUGACACAGAUGGCGAUGGCAACAUUUCCAGGGACGAGUUUGAAGCAAUCAGGAACAAUUUCCCCUACCUCAGCAAAUUUGGAGAACUAGACAAGAACCAAGAUGGGAAGAUCAGCAGAGAAGAGAUGAUCGACUACUUCAUGAAAGCCAGUUCUCUGCUAAACUGCAAGAUGGGCUUCAUCCAUACUUUCACAGAGACUACCUAUGUGAAGCCAACAUUCUGCGAGCACUGCGCUGGCUUUAUAUGGGGUUUUUACAAACAAGGCUACAAGUGUAAAGCCUGCGGGGUGAACUGUCAUAAAGCCUGCAGAAGUCGGCUGGCCGUAGAGUGCAGAAAGAGGACGAAGAGUAUCAGUCAUGAGACUCCACCGGCCCUUCAGGCCAGGUCCUACAGCUUCCCACCACCUGCCAAUAACCCCCCUAGCCUGCAGGAUACAGUUAUAGCUGAAGAAGACAUUGAGUCGGUCGAAGAGGGAGUAUUUGAUGUCCAUCUAUAACCAGGAGCCUUUAUCUAAAGAGAGGCAUCUAUGAACAGCCCUCUCCAUCACUAUAUCCCUGCAAAAGGCAACGUAUUUGAAGCUGAAUCAGAGAUGCAAGCCACUCAGAGGAAUGAAUCCCAGUUGUUAGUUUUAAAGCCUCAACAUUGAGGGGAACUCAUGCUGAACCCCAGCCAGGAAGCCUACACGCUGCCACAUGGUGGACUGAUCCUGGAACAGCACUCUUCUCUAUUUAAAUCGAUGAGGACGUUUGAUGUCGGUGGAAUGUGUAUGUUGAUUCAGUCCUCAAAAAGUUGUAUAGAUUGUAUGCUUAAAAAAAAUCGAUCCAUACAAUUGUAUUUUCACAGUGAAACUUAAAAGUCAGUCUUGUUUUCUGCCUUGUGAGGUGUUUGUCUACUUUUCUCAAGAACAUUAAAGAGGUGCUGUUAUUGCCAAGAAUGUAAAGCUGUCACCUAGACUAAGCUAUUGUCUCCUUUUAUCUGAGAUGCUCUGUUUUUGUUUUCUUUCAUGCUGUUUUUGAAGUAUAUAUUUGAGUGGAGCCAUAACAAAGACCAAUUUUGAUGUCAGAUGA